ACUUUUAGAACAUCACCGAGUGAGCUGAAUAUUGACAAAUCAUUAUUAAAUCCAUUUCCCCCGUUGACAACCACGACGCCCAGUCCUCGCCAGCAGUCAAAAGAAACUCCCAUUAAGGAAAAUGUCAUUAAAAUGAUCAAAGGAAAUGUUUAUAUGUGCCAGCAGGACGCUGCCAAGGCAUAUAUAUAUAUAGAAGCCAGUAGAGUGUUCCCAAGACAUAGUGAAGCCAGUAGAGUGUUCCCAAGACAAAGUGAAGCCAGUAGAGUGUUCCCAAGACAAAGUGAAGCCAGUAGAGUGUUUCCAAGACAAAGUGAAGCCAGUAGAGUGUUCCCAAGACAAAGUGAAGCCAGUAGAGUGUUUCCAAGACAAAGUGAAGCCAGUAGAGUGUUUCCAAGACAAAGUGAAGCCAGUAGAGUGUUCCCAAGACAAAGUGAAGCCAGUAGAGUGUUUCCAAGACAAAGUGAAGCCAGUAGAGUGUUUCCAAGACAAAGUGAAGCCAGUAGAGUGUUUCCAAGACAUAGUGAAGCCAGUAGAGUGCUCCCAAGACAAAGUGAAGCCAGUAGAGUGUUCCCAAGACAAAGUGAAGCCAGUAGAGUGUUUCCAAGACAAAGUGAAGCCAGUAGAGUGCUCCCAAGAUAUAGUGAAGCCAGUAGAGUGUUUCCAAGACAUAGUGAAGCCAGUAGAGUGUUCCCAAGACAUAGUGAAGCCAGUAGAGUGCUCCCAAGACAAAGUGAAGCCAGUAGAGUGCUCCCAAGACAUAGUGCAGCCAGUAGAGUGCUCCCAAGACAAAGUGAAGCCAGUAGAGUGCUCCCAAGACAAAGUGAAGCCAGUAGAGUCCUCCCAAGACAUAGUGAAGCCAGUAGAGUGCUCCCAAGACAAAGUGAAGCCAGUAGAGUGUUCCCAAGACAUAGUGAAGCCAGUAUAGUGCUCCCAAGACAAAGUGAAGCCAGUAUAGUGUUCCCAAGACAUAGUGAAGCCAGUAUAGUGCUCCCAAGACAAAGUGAAGCCAGUAUAGUGUUCCCAAGACAUAGUGAAGCCAGUAUAGUGCUCCCAAGACAAAGUGAAGCCAGUAUAGUGCUCCCAAGACAUAGUGAAGCCAGUAGAGUGUUUUCAAGACAAAGUGAAGCCAGUAGAGUGUUCCCAAGACAUAGUGAAGAUAGUAUAGUGCUCCCAAGACAAAGUGAAGCCAGAAUAGUGUUCCCAAGACAUAGUGAAGCCAGUAUAGUGCUCCCAAGACAAAGUGAAGCCAGUAGAGUGCUCCCAAGACAAAGUGAAGCCAGUAGAGUGCUCCCAAGACAUAGUGAAGCCAGUAGAGUGCUCCCAAGACAUAGUGAAGCCAGUAGAGUGCUCCUAAGACAUAGUGAAGCCAGUAGAGUGCUCCCAAGACAUAGUGAAGCCAGUAGAGUGCUCCCAAGACAUAGUGAAGCCAGUAGAGUGCUCCUAAGACAUAGUGAAGCCAGUAGAGUGCUCCUAAGACAUAGUGAAGCCAGUAGAGUGCUCCUAAGACAUAGUGAAGCCAGUAGAGUGCUCCUAAGACAUAGUGAAGCCAGUAGAGUGCUCCUAAGACAUAGUGAAGCCAGUAGAGUGCUCCUAAGACAUAGUGAAGCCAGUAGAGUGCUCCUAAGACAUAGUGAAGCCAGUAGAGUGCUCCUAAGACAUAGUGAAGCCAGUAGAGUGCUCCUAAGACAUAGUGAAGCCAGUAGAGUGCUCCCAAGACAUAGUGAAGACAUCACCGUCACGUGGGACAGGUACACAGGUAACCAACAUCAACGGGACCAAAAGAGCUCGAGGGAUAUUUUACAGACGAAGUAA